AAAAAAUUUAUUCACCUACCAUAGAGUGAAGGGCAAGGAAAUCUGUCAUUGAUUUAAGUUUAACUGUUUAAGUCUGUUACUCUGUUUUUAUUCUCGAACAAAAAGUCAACAUGACCAAUUUAGUUACCAAAAGUUCGUACAUGUUGGAAACGUUGGGCAAAAAGAGCCCUAAACUUUUUGCCGCAUCAUUACCAGCAUGUUCUCUAUGGAGUAAUAGUCAGCAGCGUCGAAAUCUCAAUGUACAUGAACAUGUUAGUUAUUCACUGUUGAAAGGUGCUGGCAUACCUGUCCCUAAAUUUGGGGUAGCCAAAACUGGAAAGGAAGCAGCUGAACUAGUGCGAGGGCUAGGACUCACAGAUAUUGCAGUCAAGGCUCAGGUGUUGGCUGGUGGUCGUGGAUUAGGUCAUUUCAAAAAAGGAUUUAAAGGCGGUGUUAAAAUGGUUGACACGGCAGAAGAAGCUGAAUAUGUAUCAGAUCAGAUGUUAGGAGAUUUUUUGAUCACAAAACAAACUGGAGAGAAAGGCCGUAUUUGUAAUGCUGUUAUGGUAGCUGAACGCGUAUAUGCAAGAAAAGAAUUUUAUUUUGCUGUUAUGAUGGAAAGAGCUUUUGGUGGUCCAGUUUUAAUAGCGUCUUCUCAGGGUGGUGUAAAUAUAGAAAAAGUUGCUGAAGACAAUCCUGAAGCUAUUUUAUAUAUGCCUAUUGAUAUUACAAAAGGUAUAUCUAGAGAACUGGCCUUAGAUGUAAUCACCAAAGUUGGAUUGACCAAAAAAAAAGAUGAAACCGCAGAUGUUAUUUUGAAGUUAUAUGACUUAUUUCUUACCAAAGAUGCUCUAUUAAUUGAAGUUAAUCCUUAUGCUGAAAGUAUUUCUACUGGAGGAUAUUUUUGUUUGGACGCUAAAUUCAGGUUUGAUGAUAAUGCUGAGUUUAGACAAAAAGAAUUGUUUGAUUUGCGUGAUUGGACUCAAGAAGACGAAAAAGAAGUUGAAGCUUCUAAAUAUAAUCUAAACUAUAUUGCACUUGAUGGUACUAUUGGUUGUUUGGUAAAUGGUGCUGGUUUGGCAAUGGCUACUAUGGAUAUAAUAAACUUGCACGGUGGACACCCAGCUAAUUUCUUGGAUGUUGGAGGUGGUGCUACUGCUUCUCAAGUCAAAGAAGCUUUUAAAAUCAUAACAUCAGACCCUAAAGUAUGUGCUAUUAUGGUAAAUAUUUUUGGUGGAAUAAUGAGAUGCGACAUCAUUGCUGAAGGAAUAAUUGCGGCAGCUCAAGAGUUGAAUCUCAAUGUACCAAUAAUUUGUCGUUUACAGGGUACAAACGUUGAUGAAGCAAAACUUCGUAUUGCAAAUUCUGGUAUGAAAAUUUUGCCAGUAGACAAUCUAGACGAAGCUGCUCGUUUGGCAGUGAAAUUAUCUGAAAUUGUGAACCUAGCUCGUGAACAACACUUGGGUGUUAAUUUUGAAAUGCCCAUCUAAAACAAAAAUUAAAUUAUCAAACAGUAAUUAUUAAUAUGUUAACUAAUACUGGUUCUCAAAAUCUAUUGCACAUUUGACUUAAAUACUACAAAAUACAGAUUAGUAAAACAAAUUUUAUAUUCUCAUUCAAAGGUUAAUUAAUUAUUUAAAAGAGACAUGUAUAUUUU